AUGGAGUGGGGCGAGGCUGUGGCCUUGGCCAUCGCCUUCGACCCCGGGGGCACCAGAGACCAUGGGCAGCAGGGAUGGCCCCUCCCUCUGGACCUGAACAGAACUGGGCUGCAGCUGCAGCUGAGCCUGUGGGAUAUUGUCCUGCCCCCAAAACAAGUAACGACCACCAAUAAUGCCAAGGAGUGGGUUGUGGGCAGAAAAAGCACGUUCGACGUCAAAGACAGCGCCCCCUGCGGCAGGAACGGUGCCGCCGCCUCUGCGGGCUUUGGGUGUGCAGACUGCGGUCCCUGUGUGAGGUCCAGGGGUCCACCUGCCCAGCCCAGCCGCUCAGGGAUGAGGGCGCAGAAAUCAAAGUCUGAGAACGAGCCGAGAAGCCACGACCCGGCCGUGGGAAAAAGGUUGUGCGGCCUCGGCCCCGGCCCCGGCCCCGGCCCCGAACUUCUCCCGUGUCUGUCGGCUCCUCUGUACAAUGGGGCCGUGGUACGACCCUUGAGGCGGGCGCUGCUGGGAGAAGGGAACCCUGCACGCCAGGACCUGGAGGGUAAACCGCAGCCCAGCCGGAGCAGGGCCAGGACAGGUGUCGGGAAAUCCCAGGGAAGGCUGCCCGCCCUGCCACCAGGGGCCUGUCCACCCUCCGGGCUCCCCCACAGGUGUCCAGUGAGGGGUCUGGAGCCGGCACACUGGGACCAGUUAAAACUCACUCGCGGUGCUCAAGCUCUCUCCCUCUUCCUGGCGAAGAACAGAAGCGUCUCUGCACCUCUGCUUGCCGCCACCACUGCCGGGCCCACGCUGAUGCGGGUAGGCCCGCCCUGGGUGGACAGAGCCUCUCUCCAAACUUCCGUCUCCCCCGCUGCCCAAGGGAACGAGACAGCCACUCGGCCCCCCAGACCUGGCUGUGAAUGGAAAGAAGGGGGGGCGUGUUCUAUGGAAAGUCGCCCCACAGGGCGAUCUGAUCAUAAAUCCCUAACAGGGCCAGUCACGGUGGGGAGUCACGCAGGCCCCAGGCCUACAACUUCUUUACUAAAAGGCGCCUCUGUGUCUUAGGCAAGCCCUGUGCAUUCAGGUUCACCCGUCUUUGGAAACCGGAUCUUCGUUUUGCUUUCUCUCGCCGUCCCCUGAUCCCUCCCUCGGUCCUGCCUUGACUCCAAAGGCAUCAAAGGGACCCUGAGGCUGGCGUUCCGCUGGGCAUCUGAGAUCUUGCUCCUGGCGUCUGUCUUCCGUUUGGCUUGAAUAAACUAAUGAUUUUUAAGA